GACAACGAGGAGGACUUGAAGGCGCCGGUCAUCCCGGCCCGGCUGCCGGCCAUGGGCAGGCACGCGGAAUGUUUCCAGCUGUGUGGCGCCUCUUCCAGCGGCAGCCUCUCUUUCGUGAACGGCAGCCUUGUCCUCCUCUUCAACCCCGUCACCGGCGCGUCCCGGAGCAUCGAGAUUCCCCCAAUCUGUCGGACUGGACCUAGGUUUUGCACUGGCGCCGAGGCGUUCUUCAUUAGCAAGUUUCCUAAGGGCGUGUCUCUCUGGUGGUGGUGCUCGGACGAGUGGAGCGAGCGGAAGCUGCUUCUGCCUGAAGGGUUCGAAAUCUACCAUGCCAUUGCUCUGUCGGCCUACAGCGACGGUGUCUUGUAUGCGCUGGAAUUCUCCGGUUUGGUGUACACCAUGGAUACCCGCAUGCCGCUGCCUUGGGGCCUCACGAGGCUCCGUGCGCCAAGCAUUCUCGAGCAGUACUCCCCGAUCGUUGGGUACCCCUAUAUUCGGAAUUGCCACCUGCUCGAGUCAGAAGGCGAUGUCAUGUUUGUCGGUCCAGUGUUCGCAACAAAAGAUCCCGGAUGCCCCAAAUCCAUCCGUGGCUUCGAGGUGUACAGGCUGGACGUUGAUGGGGCACGGUGGGUGAAAGUGGAGAGGCUCGCCGGCGAACGGGCGCUUUUCCUGAGCGAUCAAUCAUCGUUUGUGGUGCAUGCUUCAGAGACGCCGGGUUGCAGGAGCAACUGCAUCUACUUUGUGGGUGAUCUUGACGAAUCCUCAUUCAGCACUUGGGGCAUCUACUCAAUGGAGGAGCGGAAGGUGCUGUUUCAGCGCCCCGUCGGUGGUUCGCCGGGAAUGUACAAAGCUGCCCGGUGGUUCUUCCCUGGUUUUGUGAUGCCACUUGCGUGACAAUGUACAAACUUGGGACAAAGGAGAAAAAUCAAUGGCCUUUAGGUAUAAUCUGGUUCAUCAUAUUAUGAGAAUGCAGUAGCAGUUCUUUAAAUGUUACCACGGACUGCUCCUUUUAUGCUGAUAGAAGGAGAGGAGGAUGGCGAGCAACUGUGAGAAAUGGAGACGGCGAGGUAUUGCUAUGACGUGAUAGUAAGGCCUAUAAACCUCCAAGUGCUACUAUGCAGCCCAUGUGAUGGUCUCUGUGGCAUACCUGAAGGUUGCGGUUCAGUUUGGCAUGGCUCAAAUUAUUCUAGGAUCUCAUUCUCAGAAACUGUACAAAGCGCUGUUUGUGAAAUUUCAGACAGUCUGAUGAAGUUUAUGGAUUGUAUUGUACUCAUAAUACAGUUGCGCAUGAACUCGCUAAGUUUGAUGCUCCUUUGGGUUUCUCAGAUGUAUUACUGGGGAUUUCCCUUAGUUUGUGUGUGAUAUGGUGAGCGAAGUUUAUGUUGCAUCGUCGAUGAGAUAUA